GUAAUGAAAAUCAGAUGCCAUGACAAAGAAGAAAAAAAUCACUGUCAUUUGCGUAAAAUUCAGAGCAGCUCCACAGCUUCAUGUGACACGUGUCACAUGUAACUCUUUCACCCAUAAUAGGACGGAUGACCUCUGAAGUUGGAGUUUGAACUCAAGCACAUAGGGUAUCCCUUUCAUUGACUGUCAGUCUGUAGACCAGAAGGACUACUGCUGCCUCUCUUGAGCAUGGGAACCAUGUCACUGCACCGUGUGUGUGGAGUGUUUGUAUUUCUCAGCUUAUGUCUGAUUUCCAUCCCACCACGUUGCCAUGGAGGAAACAUUCUGGUGUUCCCUGUAGACGGCAGCCACUGGAUCAAUAUGAAGAUUCUGCUAGAAGAACUUCAUGCCAGAGGACACAACCUCACUGUGAUCAGGGCGUCCACCAGCUGGUACAUCCCUGAAAAGUCUCCACUGUACACAUCCAUUACACUUGAAAUUGGUAUAGGCAUGGAGGAUUUUUUUGACGUGUUCCUAAAGGAGCAAAUGCAGGCGCAGAGAGAAGGGGCCUCACUACUGACUUUGAAACUCACCAUGGAUUUCCUUUCUAUGAUUUCUCUGGCCCAUUCACUGUGGGCUGAUGCUGUCCUUCAAAUCCUUGAAAAUCAAAAUUUGAUUAAAAGCUUAAAAGAUUCCCAGUAUGACCUGGUUCUCACUGAUCCAGCCAUGGCACCAGGACUUGUGUUGGCCAAAUAUCUCAAACUGCCCGUUGUGCUCAACGUACGCUGGAUCACCAGUGGAGAGGGCCACUUUGUGUUAGCCCCCUCACCACUCUCCUAUAUCCCAGUGCCAGGAUCAGGCCUAACAGACAAAAUGAAUUUCAUCCAGAGGGUCAAGAACAUGUUUUUCUAUAGCAUUAUAUUGUUCCAGCAGAGAUUCAUGGUGGAGCCACACUACAAAGCCCUUUGUGAUAAAUAUAUUGAGGGAGGAUGUGACAUCAUCUCCCUUCUUCAGGAGGCUGACAUUUGGCUGUUCAGGUCAGAUUUUGUAUUUGAUUUCCCUCGGCCCACAAUGCCAAAUAUUGUCUACAUAGGAGGAUUCCAGUGCAAACCAGCCCAGCCUCUGCCAGCAGACCUGGAGGACUUUGUUCAAAGUGCUGGGGAGCAUGGAGUGAUCAUCAUGACCCUGGGAACGUUGGUUAACGCUUUGCCCAAAGAAGUCGCAAAUGAAAUUGCCAGCGUUUUUGCCAAACUGCCUCAGAAGGUGAUAUGGAGACACAAAGGAGAGCGUCCCUCUACGCUGGGCAACAACACUCUCAUAGUGGACUGGAUGCCACAGAAGGACCUCCUGGGCCACCCACAGACCAGAGUCUUUGUAGCUCACGGAGGAACCAAUGGAGUCCAGGAGGCCAUUUACCACGGAGUCCCUGUGCUCGGCAUACCCUUGUUCUUUGACCAGUAUGACAACCUUCUACGUUUGCAGGACAGAGGAGCUGCAAAGAUCCUUCAGCUGGGUGAUGUUAAUGGCAAGACUUUUGAGCAAGGUAUUAAGGAACUUCUCCAUCAAGACAGCUACAGACAGAACAUCCAAAGAAUGUCACGUCUGCACAGAGAUCAGCCAAUGGCACCCAUGGAUCAGGCUGUAUUCUGGGUAGAAUAUGUGAUACGUCACAAAGGGGCUCCUCACCUGCGUACAGAGGCUUAUAAGAUGCCCUGGUACUCAUACUACUGUCUAGAUGUGCUGCUCCUAUUGCUGACUGCAGUGACUGUGCUACUGAUGUCCACUGUGGCUGUUUUUCAGUUUCUGUGCUGCAGAAGACAAAGGAAGACAAAAUCCAAAAAGAACUGACUGAGGUCAGAUUUGGUAAGAAAUAAGCUUUAGUGAGUUUCCACUGCAUUUAGAGAAACCAUGUCUUCGAGGUGGAGGCUGUAAUUAUGGACAAUUAUUGUUAGCUAGUUCGUGUAUUUAGAUAGCUAGUAUGUGCCAGAUUCAUGCCUUGUUUCCAAAUACCUCUGUCUUUGUAUACGAAUCAACCAUAACUCCAUUUAUUCCUAUGACACCCUUCAUAACCUUUGUUGUAUCUGCGAGACUCUGCCUUCUAUUUUUAUUUCCAUUCUAUAAUUUGACUCGAGUAUGUUCAGACUUUUGACCAGUGAUGGAAAGACUGGACUUUGGGCGCCAGGAAGUUGGAAAAAUUAAUUAACAGGCUAUUCCAUUGUGUGACUAUUUUGACAAUCAAAUCGUAUAAAUGUGUCCAACACA